AUAAAAAAUGUCCUUUAAUUUAAUCGUCCCCUAACCUAGGCUCUGAAGAAGCAACCAUGGCGGAGCAUGAGUUUGAACCUGCAGACCCACCAUUUCUACACUUGGUUUCAGCUUUCCUUGCUAUGGAGCCCACUGACUCUCUCAUCUCAUUGGCUCGGAUAUGUGGUGAAGGGUCGGUUACUGAGAGAGUACAGAGGUUUAUUUGGAGCCAUUGUAUAAGCACAGCUGCUGGAAAACUCCAUGCACCUUAUUUGAGGAAUUUUUUAAAGAAGCUUAUAAAUGAAGUUGAGAGGAACCAUGGUGAGGUUUUGGAUGAAUUAUAUGAACGUUAUGCUUACUACAUGAGUUCACUGAAGGAUGAUAAUUUGGUCAAGGGAAAUGCAAGGGUCAGCAAAUACAUUUCAUUUCUUUUUCCUGAUAGCUUUUUUGAACUUUCAAGUGCUUCAGAGUCAAGGAAAUUGUUGAUGCAGCUGCAAUGUUCUCUCAACAUGCUUGAAGGGGAUACUGGGUGUUCAAUUUGGCCAUCAAGUCUUUACUUGUCAGAAUGCAUACUUUCUUUUCCAGAAUUAUUCUCUAAUAAAUCAUGUUUCGAGGUUGGUUCAGGAGUUGGUUUAGUUGGCAUUUGUCUUGCUCAUGUGAAAGCCUCUAAGGUGAUAUUAAGUGAUGGUGACAUGUCAACUUUAGCAAACAUGAAACUUAAUCUGGAGUUGAAUCACUUGGGCUGUGAAGGUGAUUUUCCUGAAACCAUUAAUGACCACGCUAAGGUAAAGUGCAUUUAUCUUCCAUGGGAAUCUGCUUCAGAAAGAGAUCUCAUAAACUUCAAGCCAUACAUAAUAUUGGGUGCAGAUGUAAUAUAUGAUCCAGUAUGUCUCCCACAUCUAGUUAAAUUACUUGGCACCCUCAUAAACCAGAUGAAAUCUCAUUCUAAGGGCAAUACUGAUGAUAGUGGUGAUGGCUUUGAUGCUUUUCUAAGUAAAACAAUAUCCAAUAGUGGAUCAAGGAAAGGUCCAUUAGCUUUGAUUGCUUCUGUCAUUCGCAAUAUUGACACAUUCAAUGAAUUUCUUGCUUUGGUGGAGCAGGCUAACCUUACCAUCACAGACCUGACUGAAACACUCAAACCCAUCAAUUUGCUUCCUUAUAUGCAGUCCUAUGAUCGAACCACAAUACGACUAUUUAGUGUCACAUGCAAAUAUGAUAAUAAUGGACUACAGGUAGUCGCUAUCAUUAUCCAUCAAGUCCUUCUCUACCAUGAUGAGGAUACUAUAUAUCGUAGCUGUUUUAUUGGGACAGGUCAGAACAUCAUCACAACUUUAAUAUGCAUGAAGUUGUUCGACCUUGGUAGACUCAUCAAGAUGGCAGAAGAGCUAAUAAAGCAAGAAGAUGGGAAUAUGGAGGUGGAGGUCAUUCAUUUAUGGGCUACUCCGAGAUCCCUCAGUACAGGCCUUAUGUACUCUUUUGCUCAGAGGGAUGAUAUGGAAGUGCUAGAUGAACCUCUGUAUUCAAAUUUUCUUCGGGUUACAGGUUUUGAUAGACCUUACAGGGAGGAACUACUAUCCAAAAUGGAACCUGAUGGAAGAAAGGUUGUAAAUGAGGUCAUUUUUGGUCCUGGAAGAAAGAAGUAUCGGUUCUGUAAGCAUAUUUCAAAGGAAUGGGUUCCUGGUUUACCGAGUGAUUUAAUGAAGAAAGGAAAACACUUCCUAGUGAUACGUAAUCCCCUUGAUAUUCUGCCAUCCUUUGAAAAGGUUCUGCCUCCAUCCUUUCAAGAGUUAGGUGUGGCAAAUCUGAUCUCUAUAUACAAUGAGCUAUCUGAGUUGGGACGGCCCCCAUUAAUCAUUGAUGCUGCAGAACUUCAAGAAGAUCCUGAGGCUACACUAUGUGGUCUCUGUGAAUACUUGGAUAUUCCUUUUCAAGCUGCAAUGCUCAAAUGGGAAGCUGGUCCAAAACCAAUAGAUGGCAUUUGGGCUCCCUGGUGGUACAAAAGUCUUCACAAGUCAACAGGUUUCAAACCAGCAAGAAAGUACCCUGAGCCAUUUCCUUUUUCUCACUACAACUUGCUGGAGCAGAGCCUACCUCUCUACAACUUCCUUCGGCGCCACGUAAGGAAGUCAUCAGGCCUCCUGAAAUCUCCCUUACCUGAUCCUGAUCUUCCAGUUCCUGCCAAUAAGAAGCUACUAGCAUGGGUCGGUGAUGAGCUUCUACCCCGUGACAGUGCAAAGGUUUCUGUUUUCGACUCCGUUGUCCAAGGAGGUGAUUCAGUUUGGGAAGGACUCCGAGUUUACUCUGGGAAAAUAUUUAAGCUUGAAGAGCAUUUAGAUAGGAUGUUUGACUCUGCAAAGGCUUUGGCUUUUAAGAAUGUUCCUACUCGAGAAGAGAUCAAAGAAGCCAUCUUUAGAACUCUUAUUCGGAAUGGAAUGUUUGACAAUUCACACAUUCGUCUAAGUCUAACACGUGGCAAAAAGGUUACUUCUGGCAUGAGUCCUGAAUUCAAUCUUUAUGGCUGCACAUUAAUUGUCCUUGCUGAAUGGAAACCCCCUGUCUAUGACAAUACAAGUGGUGUAACUUUAGUUGCUGCUACUACACGCCGUAAUUCACCAAAUAACUUGGAUUCAAAGAUUCACCACAAUAACCUUCUGAAUAAUAUACUUGCAAAGGUGGAAGGCAAUAAUGCAAAUGCUGCUGAUGCAAUCAUGCUUGACAAGGAUGGUUAUGUAUCUGAAACAAAUGCUACCAAUAUUUUUUUGGUGAAGAAAGGCCGUGUAUUAACGCCUCAUGCUGAUUAUUGUCUUCCUGGCAUUACUAGAGCAACUGUCAUGGAGCUUGUGGUGAAGGAAAAGUUUGUCCUAGAGGAGCGGAGAAUCAGUCUAUCAGAGUUUCAUACUGCAGAUGAGGUUUGGACAACUGGGACGAUGGGGGAACUCACACCAGUUGUGAAAAUUGAUGGGCGUGAUAUUGGUGACGGUAAAGUGGGACCAGUGACUCGUAGGUUGCAAAGUGCUUACAAAAAGUUGACAGAGGAAUCAGGAGUUCCCAUCCCAACCUACCAUGAAAGUUAAUCAUGACUGCCCUAAAAGUGCAGCUAACAGCUAUCAUGGAAGCGACUGCCGGACAUAAUGAAGGAAGUUGUACCGUCCAACCCUGAUAUUUGAACUUUCUAUUUUCAGCAUUAUCUGUGUCUGAAAUCCGCUGCCCUGUAACUUCUAGCACACUUGAGAAUAAAAGGGAUCAAUAAAUUGGGGGGGAAAAAAAAAAGGGGGCCAAAAUAUACUUAUUUGCAGUCUCAUUUGGAAUGUUUGCUCUGUCUUCUCUCUCAGUAUAUAUUAUAUGUAUUAAGUUGGUAUGGUUAUCAAUGCCUGCCAAACUUAAAAAAAAAAAAGUGUUAUCCAAUAUCCUUAUCCUUUAUAAUA